AAUUCCCAACUAGCCUAACCCAAUCUACAACAAGUCUAACCACAGAGAUGCCACUCCCAAUCCGCAUAGCAACCUGCCACGUCUCGCCCAUAUUCCUAUCCGCGCGCGAGACAACCAGCAAAGCAAUCUCGCUAAUCGAACAAUCGGCGCGAAACAACGCCAACCUAGUCGCCUUCCCUGAAUCAUACAUUUCCGCAUUCCCAGUAUGGAGUGCAAUACGCGCCCCUACAGAGAACCACGAUCUGUUCAAGCGCAUGUCACAGGAGUCGGUCUACGCGAAUGGGGAAGAGCUCCGCGCGGUCCGCGCAACGGCCAGGAAGCAUAACGUGAUGGUCAGCAUCGGCAUCUCGGAGAAGGUGCAUUCGAGUAUUGCGACGUUAUAUAACUCGAAUAUGAUCAUCGGGAGCCAGGGGGAGGUGCUUGUGCACCACCGAAAGCUUGUUCCGACAUUCUUCGAGAAGCUGACUUGGUCUCCAGGCGAUGGGCACGGGUUGCGUGUUGCCGACACAUCGUUUGGGAAGAUUGGAAACUUGAUUUGCGGCGAGAAUACAAAUCCUCUCACGAGAUAUGCACUCAUGGCACAGGGUGAGAAUGUCCAUAUCUCGACUUGGCCGGCUAUAUGGCCCACGCGCUCUCAGCCAACUCCGACGGCUGGUGGAAGCGCCCCCGAAAGACAGGAUGGUAACAAUGCACAAUCCACUGUGGCGCACAAGAACUACGACAAUGUCGCCGCUAACAGAACACGCGCGGCCGCGCAUUGCUUCGAGGCAAAAUGUUUUGGAGUCCUAUGUGCCGGUGUUCUCGGAGAUGAUGCUAUUGCAGAGAUAGCGGUUGGCUCAUCUCGUUUGAAAGCAAUACUCGAGCAGUCUCAGCGUGGUGCGAGUAUGUUCCUUGAUCCUACGGGUGCUCAUUUACCGGGAUUCACUGUGGAUGACCGGACUGGGAAGCACGAGACUACCGAUUACUUGCAGAACACUGAAGGUAUCUUAUAUGCCGACGUGAACGUCGAAGAUUGCAUUGAGGGGAAACAGUACCAUGAUGUUGUUGGUGGGUAUCAGCGGAUGGAUGUGUUUGACCUGGCCGUUGACAGGACUCGUCGAUACCCCGUGAGGUUCUCCGAGAGGGUUCAGCCUGAACCAGCAAGUGAGGAAGAAAAAGCCACUGGUGGUAGUGAGGAGGAUGGGGAACUAUAGUGAUGCGCCCAGUAGCGGAAUGAACGGGAAUUGCGGGAACAGCGGAUGGGACUUCAGUUCCCCCGUUAGGGUUUCGGAACCAAAAGUAGAGCCGACCGUUUUUCUUCAAAUGAUAUCGUCGAAGAAUACUCCACAUAAAGAUUCGGUGGAUAUUGACAACCCAUCAAUCACUUGCAUGCGUAUGUCAGCCCAUCAAAACGCA